AUGCUGAGGCUUAGUUCCAAGAUCAAAUCUAAUAGAGUUGUCAUUUAUGUGGCGGCUGGGAUCUGGAUAAUAGCGUUCAAUAUUUACUUAUAUUUUUAUCAUUCUCAAACCAUAUCAGAUACCAUCGUUAGUAUUAUAGAUAAUACCACUCAACAACAAGUCAAUGAUAAUGAUGAGACAUCUACAUAUGAUUCGUUUGAUAAGUUCGAUAACCAAGAUGACAAAGGUUAUAAACCUUUGAAUACUUCGAUAUUGGAUUCAAGUCCCUUACGACUUUAUACUCAACAAUAUUUAGAUGAUAAACGAAAUAUUGAACCAAUAUUCUCAUCAAAUUAUGAAACUAUGUUUAAUAAAAUUGAACAAGAAGAUGAGUUUUAUGGAUUAUUAUCUAAUUUAAAUUUCAAUGAUCGAUGUCAAUUAUAUUUCGAGAAUUUAUUUCAAAAAAAUCAAAAUUGGUUUAUAAAUCCCAAUGAAAGAUUUCCAGGGUAUGCUAAUAAAUUUGAUUAUGAAAGUUGGAUUCAUGAUCAUGAUCGUGAAUUACGAAUACAGUUCAAUAAAGAUAAUGACCGAGAUAAAUUUGAUAAAAUCGAAGAUCAAGUUGUAUUUAAAACAUUUGUCGAUGAAAAAUAUCAUGAAUAUGCUGAUCCCAUCUAUGAACAAGAACAAAAAAUGGUGGAUUAUUUAAGUCAUUUAAGAAUCUUUAAUAAGUGUUAUCUAUCAUCAAAUUUCAUCAGCCAACAAAAUACUAUUAAAACUUUCAUUACUGAACAAAAACAUUUCGCUAAAUCAAUGAUAUCCUUAGAACAACAAGAAUCAAACCAUAACAACAUCAACGAAAAAGAAAAAAGAUCGAUCGAACUCGAUGUAACCAAGGAUUGUUCUAAUUUAGAAGCACGUCUCUACCCAUGGCUAUCCAAUCAUUUCCCGGUAUUUGAAAAAUGGACAGGGGAAACUAUAUUACAUCCUCCAACUUUUCAAAAUUCAAAUGCUCAAAAAUCACAUCCAUCAUCUACAACAUCAUAUGGGUCAUGUUUCUUAAAUAAAUUUAAAAAAUCCUUAAGUGGGAAGGGUAUAGUACUUACCAUAGGGGACCAACACGUCGAUGAUACCGUUCAUUUAAUUGCGUUAUUAAGAGCUCUUCAAAAUACUUUACCUAUUCAAAUUGUUUAUUAUGAUAAUCUUUCGGGUCAUUCCAAAUCAAGAAUCGUAAGAGCUGCCAGAGAAGUCAUGAAAGUAUUACCGGAAUCAUUCAAAGAAGUCAGUGAUAAGUUCCCCAUUAUGUAUGAUCGUGGCUUACCUGAACAAGAAGUUUAUUUCGUUAAUACGUAUAGUGUAGUUCAUGAGAAUUAUAAACUGAAAUUCGAUGGAUAUGGGAAUAAAUUUUUAGCCACCCUUUUCAAUUCAUUUGAAGAAUUCAUCUUAAUCGAUGCCGACACUGUUUUAUUAAAGAAUCCUGAAUGGUUCUUUAAUCAUGAUAAAUUUAUCAAAUCAGGUACAUUUUUCUUCAGAGAUAGAACUGCUGUACAUACUCGACCUGAAACUGAUACCAGAUUCCUUAAAAAAAUGUCACCUUCAACACUUGAUGCCAUAAUGUUUGAUAUUCCACUUAUCACGUCUCAUUCGAUGGAUUUACCAGGUAUGAAUGGAUUAUUCCAUGAGAUGGAAUCAGGAGUUGUGGUGAUUGAUAAAACUCGUCAUUUCAAUUCAAUUUUAUUAUUACCUCAAUUGAAUUUCAUGGAUGCAUUCACUGAAAAGAGUCAUGGAGAUAAGGAAUUAUUUUGGUUUUCAUUUAUAAUUAAUGGUGAUGAACAAUUCAUGUUUAAUGGUUAUGCAGCAGGAGCGCUUGGAAGAAUAAGUGAUCCAAGAGUAGUUAAUGGAGAUAGAAUUCGUAAAGCUCAACAAUUAUGUUCAGCUCAUCCGGGUCAUGUCGAUGAUGAAAGUGAUGAAUUAAUCUGGUUUAAUUCGGGAUUCCAUUUUUGUCUGAAAUAUAAAGAUAUCGAUUAUAGACAUGAUUUACAUGAACAAGAUGGAAGAUAUAAACCAGGUAUAACUACCAUUGAAGAGAUGAAAACAUAUUAUUUCGAUCCCAUUGAUAUUGAAGCCGUCAUCAUCCCACCUUUUGAAAACCUGGGUCAUAUGAGGUUGGAUAAUAGUGAAGGAGAACCUCAUGAAGGAUGGGAAUUAUCUCAUGGAUUAUGUAGUUCAUAUCUUUGGUGUGCUUAUAGUUCGAUUGGAGGUAAAGAUAAUCGUCAAUUAGGUACAGUUAUAACCAUUGAUGAAGAAAGUAAGAAAUUAUUCAGAUACUAUGGAGAUGUAUGGGUAGGAAACUAUUGA